UCAGCGGACGAAUUGACAAAACGCAUCGUGAAACUUUCUUAUUAGUUUAAAUUAUGUCCCUGAGUGAGAUACUUCGUAAUAGUGCAGUGCUUAAAGUGUAAUUCAAAAUGUCCCUCAGACUCCUGCCGAGCACACGUUGACUAAAAUAAACAAUUAAAUAAAUAAAAUACCUAAAAUGGAUCCUUCGGAAACAAUGGACGUUGACGAAAUAAAAACAGAAAAAUCUGAAACUAAGCUACCGUUUUCAAUUGAAAAUUUAUUGGCAGAUAAAUUCGAAAAACAGACUGAUUUUGCAAAUGAUGCAAAUGCUUCGACUAGUGGUGUGAAUUGUGAAUUAAAAAGCAAUUUUGUUAGUGAUGUGACUGAAAAUAUCGAUUCUGACGAUGAUGCAAGCAGCAAUAGUUCGGAAAAUGUCGACGUUGAGAGUUCGACCGUCGGCGAUGCGCAAGAGUUCCUCAAUAUUAAGUCUACUGAUUAUCAACAAUCAGGAUCAUGUUCAUCGCGAGGCAAGCGGCGCACGGCAUUCAGCGCGCAGCAGAUCAAGAGCCUGGAGGCAGAGUUCGAGAAGAACCGCUACCUGUCCGUCGCGCGAGGGAGACUCGCCCGGCAGCUGCGGCUUACUGAGACACAGAUAAAGAUAUGGUUUCAAAACCGCCGGACGAAGUGGAAACGAAAAUACACAAACGACAUCGAACUCCUUGCUCAACAGUAUUACAGCAGCCUCGGGAUCGUGAGCCCUCGGCCCAUGUUCGUAGGCGAUCGCCUCUGGAUCUUCAACUACCCCAACCGGGUCCCACCAACACAGCAGCAACAAUGGAUGAAAUCACUCAAUACAAUGAGCGCACAAAACCAAAUAAUAGACAGAACAAACAUGUUUCGAAAUCUACCAAAGCCAGAGGUCCCAUUUCUAAACCCUAGUGUGUAUCCGAACGAAAGAGUCUUCAUGGACCGCGGUUUGAGUUUGGCGGGAAAUGUCAAUGUCAAAAUGCCCGCCCAAAGUCGAAUUUUGCCGAGAGAAGUAUACAAUAAUAUGGCUCAAAGGAGUAUGGAUGUGUAAAAUAAUAUUUUAAGCCAUAGCAGCCCACCGCAAGAGUCUAAUGUGGACCAUUUGAGAAGGUUAGAAGAGAAUUUCAGUAUUUAGUUUAAGUAAGACUUUGUUUAAAAGGUUGUCAGUAGGUUUAAGGGCCGCCGUACACGGACUGCUCGAGCAGUUAGCGGCUGAGUGAAAUACACGGACCGCUCGAGCGGUCGGCGUCGACUGCUUGAGCUGUCGGUUGUUGACUGCUCGAGCUACGACCCAACUGCUCGAGCAGUUGAUUUUCUACCACAGUCGAGUCAUGGAUACUGACGAGGAAGCA